GCGCCAAGCAACGCGCGUGCGUAAGUCUUUGCCCGCGCAAUCUGUCACUGGAAUUCGAAUUCUUCAUUUCAUCAUCGGCUUCGUAGAACCCUAAAUCAAAUCAGUCUCACUCUCACUACAUGGAUAUCACAGAAGAGCAACGAAAGCGAGCUGAAGCGAACCGUUUAGCGGCCAUAGCCAAACGCAAAGCUCUAAUCGAAUCUUCUAACGGCCAACUACAACCCCAGGACCCGUGGAAGCUCUUCAAAUGUCGAAAGCUUUCCACUGAACUGACUGUUACCAGUGCAGUUCAAUCAUCGAAAGGCUUAACCGACGACGAUACCCUUUUACCCGAGAGGUUUCGAGUAAGGUUGGAAAUUUGCUCCACCGACUCGUUCUCGAUCACGCCGGAAGUUGUAGAAGGAUUCUGUUACCCGGGAGAGGAGAAUUGCUUCAGGAAAUUGAGCGACUGGUUAUCUAAUGUCACACAUUCUCACUACACACAAAUUAUUGGCGGAGGAAAGGCUUGUGUUUAUAAGCUGAGGGAUUAUUGUCCUGUUUUAAAAUGUUUAAAGAGCUCCAAGGACAUUGAUGUUGAAGAGAUACCAUGGACAACUUUUAAUGUGGUUGAGAGGCUCUCGCAUUCAUUUAUUUUAGGACGAUGGAUGCCAUGCAGGCCAGAGCAUCUGUCAGAUGAGAGGGUCGAUGAAUUAAUGAAGAAGUUACCCGAUCGGUUACUGAAGAGACUCUUACCUUUCCAGCUUGAUGGUGUAAGAUUUGGCUUGCAGAGGGGUGGCCGAUGCUUGAUAGCUGAUGAAAUGGGUCUUGGGAAAACACUGCAGGCUAUUGCAAUUGCUAGCUGCUUAAUGGAUGAAGAAGGCUCAAUACUUGUUGUUUGCCCAGCUGUUUUACGGUUUUCUUGGGCAGAAGAACUAGAGCGUUGGCUUCCUUUUUGUUUGCCGGCUGAAAUUCAUCUUGUUUUUGGUCAUCUGGACAAUCCUUGCCAUUUGUCAAAAUUCCCGAAAGUUGUGGUUAUUUCAUAUACAAUGCUUCACCGCCUGCGCAAGAGCAUUCUUCAGCAGAAGUGGUCUUUAUUGAUUGUUGAUGAAUCUCAUCAUGUAAGAUGUUCCAAGAAGUCAUCUGAACCAGAAGAGAUAAAGGCUGUUCUUGAUUUAGCAACGAAGGUCCAGCAUAUUGUUCUUCUAUCUGGAACUCCUUCUUUGUCAAGACCCUAUGACAUUUUUCAUCAGAUAAACAUGCUAUGGCCUGGUUUGCUGGGAAAGACCAAGUAUGAGUUUGCAAAAACUUACUGCGCCGUAAAAUUUGUUUGUACUUCUCAGGGGAAAACUUUUAAGGACUUCUCGAAAGGCAUUCGACUUGAUGAGUUAAAUGUGCUGUUGAAGCAAACUGUUAUGAUAAGACGUUUGAAGGAGCAUGUGUUGGUUCAACUACCACCCAAACGUAGGCAAAUCAUAAGAUUGCAGUUGAAAAGGUCUGAUAUAGUCGGAGCAAAGGCAGCUACUAGGGAGGUGAUUGGUGGUGAUCAUGAUAGAACUACUGCUGAAAACAAGACUCAGGAUAUUUUGGAGGAAGAGGAACAUGAUGAUGGUGGAGAUUCCAGAUUCCGGAAGCUCUCCUUCCAUGAACUGGGUAUUGCAAAGCUAUCUGGUUUUCGUGAAUGGUUUUCUAUUCAUCCAAUUAUUUCUGAAUCAGAUGGUUUGAUGGACUUGGAUUUGAAAUCGGAUUCCCAAAAGAUGAUCAUUUUUGCCCAUCAUCAUAAAGUUCUUGAUGGAGUACAAGAACUAAUGUGUGAAAAGGGAAUCCUAUUUGUUCGCAUUGAUGGAACCACUCUUGCUCGAGACAGGCAAUCGGCUGUGCUUUCAUUCCAGUCAUCAUCAGAGGUUAAAAUUGCAAUAAUAGGUAUUACUGCUGGUGGAGUUGGACUUGAUUUCUCUUCAGCACAAAAUGUUGUGUUUUUGGAAUUGCCUCAGUCACCAUCGUUGAUGCUUCAGGCUGAGGAUAGAGCUCACAGGCGAGGGCAGACCAAGGCAGUCAACAUAUACAUUUUCUGUGCCAAGGAUACGCUAGAUGAGUCUCACUGGCAAAACUUGAACAAGAGUUUGCGCUGCAUUACCUCAACGACUGAUGGAAAAUAUGAUGCAAUUCAAGAAAUAGCGGUAGAACAUGUUUCUUAUCUAGAAGCUUGUGGCAGAAGUAGUAGAAAUUCUGAGAGUCAGCUGAAUGCAGCAACAUGCGCUGAACUCACCUCAGAAGUAACAAGAGCUCAAGGCGAUGACUCCUUGAAGGUUGAAGUAAAUGAUGAGUUGAAUGCUCCAUUGAAGGUUGAAAUAAGAGAUGAGUUGAAUGCUAAAACUGAUUGUCCAUCUGAUAAAUAUGGUGACAUUGAGAUUACAGCUCAAACAGAUAGCAUAGCUAUUAAGGAUGACAUGUUAUCUGUCCAACUAAACAAGGAUUCCCUCUCAUUGGGAAAAUUGAAAGAGAAUAUAACUGAAGUUGACCCCCGAAGCCCUGAAAGAGUUCCUUGUCCUGGAUUGGAUAAGCAUAGUGGAGAGAAGGAUCAAGCACAGAAGGAAGGGAAGUUAUGUUCUGGAGCAUCGAAGGUUGAUAAUGGUGAACCCCAUCUGACCAUUGAGCCCAAAAAACAUUUCUCAAACCAUGUUCAUGUUUUGCGGUUUGAGGUUAGUCAGUAUACAGGAAGGGUCCACUUGUAUACAUGUGUACCUGGGAUAGACUUGCGACCAAGGCCACUGUUUCUGAAUUUCCGACCAGAAGAAGUUGAAUUAUUAGACUGUUCUGUUGAUGAUACUGAAAAAACAGAUUUCAAUUUGGAUGUUACGUCCUACAAGCAUGCUCUUCUGGAAUUUCUCAAUGAAUGGCGUAAUUUAAGACCCAUUGAGCAAAGAAAGUUACAUGGAAAGCCGCUGCAACUUCCUUUAGAUGUUGAGCUGUGCUACUUGAAGGAAAGCACCAACCACAAUGCAGAUGGAAUGUUAAAGGGUAAAAGUUUGCGGCGUACAACACCACUCGAUGACAUUAGCGGACCAUUACCAUCUUCUGCUGUGUGGAAACUGGUCCGAUUAUGCUCUGGCUCGGGAAAAAGAAAGAAAGAAUAUACUCAGGGUUGGAAACUGACAGAUGAACCUCUUUGUAAACUGUGUCAAACACCAUGCCAGGGCAUAAAUGCAAAGACGCCUGAAUUUCUUGAAGAUCUUUUCUGUAAUCUUGGCUGUUAUGAAGAAUACCGCGUCAGGAUUAGUAGCACAUCCCUCCGUCGGGAACUGUUUCAAAUGGAGCAUGGUGUCUGCUCAAAUUGUCAUUUGGACUGUCAUAAGCUUGUAAAGCACAUAAAACCUUUGUCCUUGGACAUGCGGCGUGAUUAUAUUGAGAAAGUAGCACCUAAUUUGGCGAGCCGUAAAAAAUUGCUUGAAAAAAUUGUGAAUAAUCCAACUGAGGGUAACGCAUGGAAUGCUGACCACAUUGUUCCUGUUUACCGAGGUGGAGGUGAAUGCAGGCUAGAGAAUAUGAGGACCCUUUGUGUGGCAUGUCAUUCUGAUGUAACAGCUGAACAACGUGCUGAACGACGAUUAGUUCGGCUUAAGGCUAAGAAACAACUUAGAGACACUAUCACUCAUCUUAAGAAAGGUGGAAAUACUGAAAGGACAGAUAACAACAUUCAGAAUCAAGUACAUGAUGUGCAAGAGAAUGUAGUUGAUGAUCAGCUAAUCUUGGUGAAGGUUCCCGGAAGUUCUUACUCCAAAGACGACUUCUUAGACAAUGAUACUAAGAACCCUGGAGAGUCCAGAGGAGCUUAGAGGACAAGAUCCUGUUGUUUACAUUCUUCGAGCAGGAAAUGCUUCUUAUCAGUUAUCACUCCACAUUUGUUGUAUUUUUGUCAGCCAUAGCUGGGUUUUGUAUGUAUUUUGAAGUCGGAGUUGACGUCUCAAUCCCAGCUCCAACACAUCGCCAGCUCCAACACAUUGCCAGAAAAGUCGCAGCUAAUCGCCUCCGGUGGACUUGACUGGCAGGAAAAUCUGUGCUGUAUGUGCUAACUACCAAUUGCACAGAUUUGAGAUGUUGCUCAAUCCCAACCAUACCCAUUGUUUGAACUUGCAAGUUUAUGAUACUUGCUCGUUCCAAUUGUAGUUUUGUAACAACUCUUUGUGUAACUAUAGUUCUAUCUAAUGUAAUUGCUUGAUGGGUUCAAAUUCUGGGCACUUCCAGUAAUUAGUUCCCACGCCUGUUAAAAAUUCAUAUGUACAAACACUUGUUCCUUCCUACAUCUGGUAGUCAGUAGAUUAAAUGAAAGAAUACAAUCACAUUCUUUCCUUCAUGCUGUAUAAUAGAGCUGAAAACUUAUUCCAUUGUAUUGAUGACGACUAUAACCUUUGAGUUUGUUGGCAUAGUAAGUCUUGAAAGUUCUUGUAACCA